UUUAAUCAGCUGUUUAUCUGUCAUUUCUCAGGUUUCCACUAUCAAUGUCAAAUUAAAGGUGUUAGAAUACAAAAAUAAUUUAUAAAUAAAGAACACCUUAUUACCAUGUGAAAUAAACUUGUUAUUACACAAAAAAAAUACUGAGACAUCAUGGCAGCUAUAGAUCUUCCCUAUGAGGUUCUAGUGUAUCUUUUUAAAUAUUUACCAACUUCUGAUCGGAAAGCUGCCAGCGAAACAUGUCAUGCAUGGUAUCAAGCUGCUAAUGAUUAUUGUUUUCUAAAAAACAAAACAAUUGUACUUUACAAAACUGAUCUAAAUGGGGAAACAACACCACUUCAAAUAAUUGAAAAUUCUAUAACACCUUAUUUUAAUUUUUUAUUCAGUGAAGUAGAAAUAUCACAAAAAUUAAAUGGAUUCUGGGACAAAAUAGGGGAAAAUAUUAAAAGUUUGACUAUUAGAAAAUGUGAUAUACAUGAAAAAGUAAUAGAUAACAUCUUACACCAAUGUAAUUCUCUUGAAACAUUAAAUAUUCAAAGCUGUAAAGAACUUUUUAUGUCAGGCUGUCUACUAGAGAAGACUAACAGUUGGAUAGCAAACAGUUUCAAAAACUUAAAAAGCCUUAGUUUAUCAGAAAACAAAUACAUAACAGAUGCAUUAUUUUAUAGAUUUGUUAAAAAUGCUCCACUGUUAGAGGAUUUGUGCUUAUCUUUAUGCCCUUUGCAAUUUCAUGGAGGUUUUAUUAAACGAUUCUAUCCUAAUACAAAUGAUAUUUUUGAAAAUCCAUCAGAGUGUGUUUUCACAUUUUAUUUUGUUCUACAAUUUAUAGAAUCUAGAGCUACGCACAUAAAGAGCAUGGUGUUUUCUAAUACUUUAAUAGAUGGGUCCGCUUUGAAGUCCUUAUCAGAAAUUAAAAACCUGAAGUUGGAAAGUCUUCAAUUAAAUACCUGUGAUCAGCUUACAAAUGCAGGCAUUAUAUCAUUGACAACACAUCAGCAAACUCUCAAAGAAUUAGAUAUUGGUCUAUGUACACGAGUUACUGACCAAUCUCUAAUGUAUAUCAGCGAAAACCUGAUCAAUUUAGAGUCUCUUAACAUUCAAAGAUGCAGAGCAGUUACUAACAUGGGAAUAGCUGAAUUAUAUAAAUUGAAAAAACUAAAGCGUUUAAAUAUCUCUCAAUGUGAACUAAUUACUAGAGAAGGCAUUGAGAAAGGAAUUUGUAAGUCAGAGAAUGUUACAUUACAAGAAUUGGAUAUAAAUUCCUUAAAUUUAGUACAAACAGGUGUUAUUAUGAUCUCUGAAACAUUAACAAAUUUGCGUUUUAUAGAUUUAAGUUUUUGUUUUAAUGCUGUGACUGACACGUCAAUUCAAGUAAUUUUUAAAAAUCAAUUGUUUUUACACACAUUAAAAAUAAGUUACUGUGAUAAAGUCUCAGAUGCUGGUUUAACUGGCAUGGGGAAAGUUGAAACAGUAGGUGAUGAUGAAGGACCAGUCAUGUCCAAUUACAAUGAAGUCAGUAUGCCUAAUAGAAUACAUUUAGGUUCAAGAGCUGAAGAGGAAAUUAUUCGUGAUGCAAGAAGAAAAAGAGAUGUUAUGAGAAUGUGUGAAAAAUUAACUUUGGAUUCAUACACUGGUUACUCCUUAGCUCGAAUGAAAUCCCUCCAAGAACUUAAUAUCAGUGGUUGUAACAGGAUCACAGAUGUUAGUUUAACAUAUGCCUUCUCAUUUAAAGAACUUCGAAGUCUUAAUUUAAGUAGAUGCCAACAAAUAACAGUUGAUGGCAUAAAACAUCUAGUCAAAAACUGUCCCAGCAUUGAGUAUUUAAAUCUAAAUGACUGUUACAAUUUAAAGGACGAUGCUGUGAUCGAGAUUGUAAAAGGUUUAAAGAGGUUACAAUAUCUUGAAUUAAGGGGUUGUAACCAGCUAACUGAUAAAACUUUGGAAGCGAUAAAAGAUCAUUGCAAAAUACUUAAAGUUUUGGAUGUUCAAGGUUGUCAUAGCAUAUCAGCAGAAUUGGGAUGCGCAAUAGGAUCUUUGCCUACGCUUCAUACUGUAUUGAUGUCCAAACCAGGACCAUAUAUUACUGAUGGAGUGAAGAAUAGAACACCGGCACCUCCCCUUUUACCGUCUUUAUUACGAAAACUACGUUUGCAAUAAGAUGGUACAAUUUUGUUAUAGCAGAUAGGUUUUAAACUUAAAUCGCCCAAAUAAAAAAUUAAGAUUUGUUAUUGUUCUUCUUAUCCAAAAUCAUCUGAAAUUAAAGUUACAUGUUAAAAUUAUUACAAAUUAUAUUAUAUACCAUCGGUUUAUUAUUUUACGCUUUUCAUAAAUUAAUACAAUGAAAACUAAUAUAAAAUAUUAAUACGAUAUACAGACAAAGGUCCAACAGUGUAAGGCUUAACUAUUUUAAUCCAAUUUCACAUUCCGCGAUUGAACAAUUACAACUUUAUGAUACUUAACGCAACGGUCACAACGUUAUAUUUUAAACUAGCUUUGUCUUUAUAUCAAGCUUUUGUUAUGUAAAAUACUAAUUUAUUUGAUUUGAUAGAUUUAAUUAGGUACUAUAUUAUAACUAUUUCGCUUUUAUUUUUGUAUAUUUAAUUCGUUGUAUUUUUUAUGUUCUAAAUAUUGUAUAUAUAAUAAAAUAUAAAAAAUGUAUUUUAAUUAAUUU